CAGUCUGUUUACCGUUUGAUACAACAAGGAAGCAAUUCUUAACACAGUCGAAACAAAAUGAUGGACGCUUUAAUCAGAGUUAUUACAAUUCUAGCUUUCCUUUUGGAAGCAGAAGGGGGAAACCCGAGCAGUUGCUUCUGUGUUCUGAAGGACUGCUACACUGCAAUUCAGGACCCAAAGGAUUUUAAGACAUCUGCAGAUGUUUGCAGGGACAGAGGGGGACAUUUAAUGACUGUGCGUUCAACGGUGUCCAGUGAUGCCAUCCAUGACUUACUGUUUAAUCUUUUAGAAGACUUCUGGAUCGGACUGCAGCUCCCCGAUGGCCGAUGUAGCAACACUUCGCUUGGAUUGCUGAGGGGUUACGAGUGGACGACGGGAGACACCAGCACAGAUUUUUCCAACUGGAAAACCAACGCCACUACUUGUUCUCCGAUGUGCGUCUCUGUUUCCAGCGACCUAAAAUGGACGGAAAGGCCAUGCCAUGAUAAAAUAGCGGGAUUUCUGUGCGAAAACAACUACCAGAGUAUGUGCACGCCUCUGCGCUCGGCAACUAACGAGUCAGUCUCAUAUAGCACACCACUUGCUUUCAAGGGAGAGGGUUUACUUGCGCUCCCACCAGGAAGCGUUGCGACUCAAAUCCCAUCUGGAAUUAAAAAACUGUGCGCGGCUGAUACAGAUGUUUGGUUAGAUGCUCCGUGGGGUUGUGACAUUGAGAACGGUGGCUGCGAAUACCUGUGUCAAAUGAAUGAAGGUUUGCCAGAGUGCCUAUGCCAACUUGGCAAAGGACCUCGGGACGGCGUCGCAUGCAGAUGCGCCCAUGGCUUUGAAAUGCAUGGCGGCGAGUGCAUGGAUAUUAACGAAUGCUUUUCUUCACCCUGCGAUCACGUAUGCAUCAAUACCCAAGGUGGAUACAACUGUUCUUGUGUAGACGGAUUCAAGCAAAUGAGCACCGACUCACAUAGGUGUGAAUUACACUGUCCGUCGGAAGAAUGCCCUGCUUUAUGCGACCAAAAUGAUCCCAGAAAGUGCUCGUGUCCAUCUGGAUAUUUUCUUGACCAGAGCGAAAAUGGUUCGUUUUGCGUCGAUAUAGACGAAUGUGUCCGUGACAGUAAGGAAUGCGACCAGCAAUGCAAAAACACGUUUGGAAGUUUCAUAUGUUCGUGUGACAGUGGAUUCGACUUGAGAGAUGGGUUCAGGUGUGUCAGGCGUGAUUCCUUAGAAGAUUCCACUCCCACAGCUGUAUCGAACAAAUUUCGUUAAUUCAUCUUCACAAGACAGUGCGUGCGUGGUAACAGUAGGAGCCCUAACUGGAAUUGUCCUGUGCUUGCAAUUGCGCUGCUUGUGAUGAUUUAUGUUCCCUGUUUAUAAAACAUUAAAAUUAAUCACUGUGAA